AUGGACAAGUUCAAAUUGUCAUCUAAAUAUGAAUCUGGUGCAUACAAUGUUUGGUAAGUUUCUCGGUUUUAGAUAAAAGAUUUUUAAAUGGGAAAUUGCAUAAAUUGGUUGGUAUAUUAUACAAACUUAUUUUUUUAUAUAACAUUAUUAUAGGUAAUUUAAAUUUUUAUAUCCGUAUAAAAAUUAUAUAGAUAUAAAAAUAUAUAAUAUAUAUAUAUAUAUAUAUAUAUAAUUGUAUAUCUGUAUAUAAUUAAAUAUAGAAAUUUGUAAUGUUUUUAAUGAUAUCAGAACGAUUAAAACCUUAAUAUAUAUUUUUUACAGGGUUUGUAUCUCGUAGAACUCUUAUACCUAUAUUAAAUUUGGUAUAUGUGCAUUAUACUUAUGGAAAAAUAAAAUAUUAUAAAUCUGUAUUCAAUUUUACUUUUUAAUUUAAAAAUAAUAAUAUUGUCAUAAUAAAUUAUUAUUUUUAAGUAUUAGUUUCUUUGUGUUACAGGAUUGAAUAUAACCAAUUGGCUGCCAUUACCAAACCUUUGAAUUUAGGACAAGGAUUUCCAGAUUAUGAACCUCCUGCACGGAUUACCAAUUUUCUUGCUGAAGUGGCGUCCGAAAAGAACUUAUAUUUUCAUCAAUAUACACGAGGAUUGGUAAUACAUGCUAUAAGUUAUUUAAUAAACAACACUUACAAAGCAAUAAUUACAUUUUUUUCUUUAGGGACAUGUACGUCUUGUGAAUGUAUUGUCUAAACUAUAUUCGAGUUUAAUAAACCGUGAAAUUAACCCUAUGGAAGAAGUAUUGGUGACAGUGGGUGCAUAUGAAGCAUUGUUUUGUGUGGUUCAAGGUAACAUAAAUGAAGGAGACGAAGCUAUUAUCAUCGAACCCUUUUUUGAUUGUUAUGAACCAUUGAUACGUAUUGCGGGUGGCACUCCUAGAUUUAUACCAUUGAGAAAUGUAAAAAUAUUAAAUUAUAUACAGUGUCAGCUGUUUAUACUAAUUACUCUUAAUUUUUGUAGACCAAACCUGAUGCGCCAGUUUCACAUUCAAGUGAUUGGAAACUCGACCCAGCAGAAUUGGAAUCGCUGUUCAAUUCUAAAACCAAACUCAUUAUUUUAAAUACACCACAUAAUCCACUAGGAAAAAUAUUUGAUUAUGAUGAGCUGACGAUGAUUGCUGAUUUGGCCAAAAAACACAAUGUUCUUGUUGUAUCAGACGAAGUUUAUGAAUGGUUGGUUUAUGAACCAUCUAAACAUAUUAGAAUUGGUAAUUUGUUUUUUUUAUAUAAAUUAAACACAUAGUUGUUAUAUUUAUGUUAGAAAUAUACACAGAAAAAAUAUGAAAAACAAUGUUUUAUAGAGAUUUAAUAUUAAUUUUGGGUGCACCUUAAUAAAAAUUUAAAAUUAAAUUUAUUAAUAUUCUAAAACAUAACUUCUCAUUAUAGUAAUAAUUUUCCCCCCAUUUGAAAAGUUUUUUUUUUAUUCCAAUUGUAUGUCAUUAGUAUGAAAAUUCAUAUGUACUAAAACCCACAAGAAAGUGUUUAACAAGGAUGACACUUUAAGCUGUCAUUUAUAGAAUUAUUUUCAAUUGGUUUUUAUUUGGCCAUAAAUGUUUUUCUUUCAUAUACAUUUGUUACACAUAGCUUCCGUGGAAGAUCAAAACCCGGGUUUCUUGUUUCUGGAUUUUUAAUCAAGGUAACUCCUCGCAUACCUGAGUCUUUCCAUCCUAUUUUCCAUGUUAUCGAUAGAGCUUCUACUGGAAAUGUAAGGUCCCAUAUUGGGUGUCUCAAUUUAAGCCUUUUAUGAGGGUGCGUAGUAAUAUCUCCAUAUAAUGGUAGUUUAGGGUUUCUUUUAAUCUUGUCCACUAUGCAUUCAGUAUGCAUCAAUCUACGUAGAUCCGGUGGGGCUAUAUUCUCCAACACCGGUAACCAUUGUACUUCAGUCGUUCUUAUUGUACCUGUAAUAAUUCACAUUGUUUGGUUUAACUCCGUGUCCACCUUUUUGCAAUGUGAACUCCUGAACCAAACUGGAGCACAGUGUUCAGCUACGUUGUAUACCAGGGCUAAUGCUGAUACACAUAAAACUGUUGCCCAGGUCGAUCCUGCUAGUUUUAAAAUAAUAUUAUUUCUUGGUUCUAGUUUAUUUUUUAAUCCUUCUAGGUGUUUUUUAAAUGUCGAGGCUCUAUUGAUUUUUAUUCCAAGAUAUAUAGGGCAUUCUUUGCUUGGUAUGUCAAUGUCAUUAAUUUGUAUUUUUAACUGCCUAUUUGCUUCCCUAUUAUUUAUAGACCAGUGCCACUAUUUUGUUCGGGUUUAAGGUUAGGUACCAUCUUUUGAAAUAAAUGUGUAAUUUGUUGUGGUCUUGAUUUAGUAUGGUUUCUACUGAUUAUAAAGUAUCUAAAGCUUGGGCAACCAGUGCUAUGUCAUCUGCAUACAUGAAUUUCCUUGCGAUUGUUUCUGUUAUGUCGGAAAUGUCGGAACUGAAGAGCACUGGCAAAAGCGCGUAGCCUUGAGGCAAUCUAUUUUGGAGGUAUCUGUUUUUGCUGGCUUUACCCUUGAGAAAAACUUUUAAUUUUCUGUUCAAUAGCAUGCAUUCCAAUAGUUGUUGUGUCUUUUUGCAUUUUACUAUUUUAGCCAUCUUGAGUAGUAAUCCUCUCUUCCAGACCGUGUCAUACGCUGAGGACAGGUCAAAGAAGACUGCUCUGGAAACCGUUUUCUACAUGUGUGGUAAAGGCCAACACUUGGUCACAGCAGAUUCUAUUCUUCCUAAAUCUAGCCUGUUCUAUUGACAGUACCUUUUCUAUAAUUGGUUGUAAUCUUUGUAAUAAAAGUCUUUCGAAUACCUAUAGACUGUUGAUAAUAACGAUAUUGGUCUAUAAUUGUGUGCAUCAUUUGUUCGCUUUCCCGGUUUUACAAUGGCUAUUACUUUUAUUUCUCUCCAUAGUUUCGGUAUAACACUUGUGUUUGCUAUUUCUGUUGACAACUUAGCUAGCCACAUUUUCCCUUUAGGACCUAACUUUUUUAUGAAUUAUUAUAUUUGUAUUUUUAUAAGUCUAAACCUAUUAAAUUACUCAAGUUUUAAACAUUUGAAAUUCACUUUUUUAGAGGAUUUAAUAUGAUACAUAAAUAGAAAAAUAAGUAGAAGUACAUAAAUAAAUAAAUAUUACAAUCAUUAUAAUGUUGGUACCUAUACUUAAAUGAUUGAAUUUAAUUACAUUUUUUGAGAUAGGUCCAGUUAAGUUAAAGCUAUCAUAAUAAACAAAAACAUGUAAACAUUUUUUUUAUAUAUAUAUUGUUAAAUUAGAUUUGUAGGUAAAUAAUAUUUUGAAUAAACAUUGUUGAUUUUGUUUAUUUUGUUUUGAACUUUUUUUUUUCUACACAGUAUACAAUGUAUUUACAUUUAACAGUUUCAUCUUCUUUAUUUUUUGUAUAUUUUUCUCAAAUAUUGUAAUAAGUGUAAUAAUUAUGUAAAAUGCCUUAACAAUUCUUAAUUAACAACAAAAUAUGAUGUCACAAUUAUUUGAGAUUUGUAUCUAAUGUGGUGUACGUUUUUCAAUCUAUUGGUAGUGUAAUAUAAUAGGUAUAGUAAAUAUUAAAUAGUAGUAAUUUUAAAAAUUAACUUAAAAAAAAAAUACUAGCAGAUACCCCCUUAAAAGUUAUUGAUUGUGCCACUGCAAAAUGCAUUAUUUUAUUAAAUAGAAGCCAAAAAGCUUUUUUAACAAGAUAUAAAGUAGUAACAUAAACAUAACAAGUAAUACACAAUAUAUUAUAAGAAGUAGCUGAAAUUAUAUAUUAUUGUAGAUACUUGUUAUAUUAUGUAAUUAAAUAUAUUGAUUUCGAAAAAAAUUAAUAUGUUAUGUACUUUACAAAAAUAGUGAGUAACUCAAAUUUGACUGUAAUAGGCGGGGGGGAGUGAUGAGUAGUUGUUCUCAUGUAAAAAUAUGUAUUAUAUAUUUUACAAAUUGUAAGUUAAGGACCCAUCACAUACUAAUUAUUUGGUAACAUCAAAUUUUCAAUUUAAGGGCUACAAAUAGCUUAUAUUUUGACUUUUUACUGGGAAGGGAGUAAUAUUGAUUUUGGGAAUAGUCAUACAAAUAAAUACAGAGAAGUUGAAUGAAAAAAAAAAUUAAAUUUAAAAUGUGGGCUGGUGACACACAUCAAAAUACAAAGCUAGGUGGACAAGUUAUUAGUCAUUUAUUUUCAACUAGCUAAAGUUAAGUUAGUUUAAUAUAAAAUCUAAGUUAGAAUAUAAGUUAGUUUUUAAAAUUUUCCAAAUUUCUAACUUAGUUAAAAGUUAGGUGAAAAUAAUAACUUAGUGUAGAAAGUUAAAUUAUUUUUUUUUUUUUUUUUUAGUUUAAAAUAUAAAUUGAAAAAAACCAGUUUAAAUGUAAAGUACUAUGCAAAUUAAUUAUCAAGUAGGUAACUAACUAAAAUUAUUAGUGAUGGUUGAAAAAUUAAAUUGAACUGAUCAAAUGUUUCAUAUAGGUAGGUAAUUACUUUUAUUUCUUGGAAAUUAAUUGGAAUCAGUUAUUAGAACAAAAAAAUAAGAAAUAUACAAACAGUGUAACUCUAUAUUUUUUCAUAUUGACAUAAUCAUAAUAAUAUAAAUAUAAACAAAUAAACUUUCAUGAUAAGAUGAAAAAUUAAUGUAUGAUACAUAAUAAUAUAAUAUAGUAUAAUAUUACCUAUAUUGCAUAUAUUGGUUGUAUUAUAAAAAUAGGCCACAGGCAUGAUAUUAUAAUAAGCUAUAGGCUAUAUGUUUAUAAUGCCUCAUGGUUACCGGUUACCAAUUACUACUGACAUAGACAUAUAUAUAUAUAUAUAUAUAUAUAUAUAUAUAUAAAAACAUUAGAAUAGAAGCCCACUAAGAUCAUAUUAUACAUAUCAGUAUAUGAUCUAAGGCCGACUAUAAUUUGCUACUGAAUAUAAUAAAAUUGAAAAUACUCAAUAUUUUAUAGAUAGUUUCUUUUUGUUACUUUUUAAGUAACUAUCUAACUUAACUUCAACUUCUAAUUAGUUAAUGCCCAGCUUUGUCAAAACAACAAAUGACACAAAUUUAAUUGAUUAAAAUUUUACAUUUGAAUGUAUAUCAGCCAGAAUUAAAUAAAUCCAUCCAAUUUACAAACAUUUUUAAACAAUUUUUCAGCAACAUUGCCUGAUAUGUGGGAAAGAACCAUUACAAUUGGGUCUGCUGGAAAGACAUUCAGUAUGACAGGAUGGAAACUCGGAUGGGCCUAUGGUCCAUCAAAUCUUAUGAAAAAUCUGUUUGUUGUGCACCAAACAGCCAUCUAUACAUGUGCAACAACAGUCCAGGAAGCAGUCGCACGAGGUUUUGAACAUGAAAUCAAUCUCUUGGAUACCCCAGACAGUUAUUUCCAAAAUUUAUCCCAUGAAUUGAAACCAAAAAUGGAAUAUCUUUCCAAAGUAUUGCAAAAAAAUGGUUUUAAACCAAUCAUACCAGAUGGUGGAUAUUUUAUGGUGGCUGACUGGUCAAAAUUAGGUUUGUUAGAAUAUCUGCUAAAAUAUAUUUAUUUUUUUGUAACACUAAUUUUAUAUAUUUCAUGUUUGUUUAGAAAGUAAAUUGGAUUUAAGUUCAGAAACUGACAAAUACAAAGACUUUCAGUUUACAAAGUGGCUGUCCAAAAAUAUUAAAUUUCAAUGUAUGCCAUAUUCAGUAUUUUUCUCAGAAAACAGCAGACCAACAGCUGAAAGUUAUACACGAUUUUGUUUCUUUAAGGUAAAUUUUUUUAAAUAUAUUAAUUUUAUUAUUUAAAUAUUACUUAAUUAUUUUGAUUUACAGAAAGAUGAAACUUUGAAGAAAGCAGAUAGUAUCUUAACAGCAUGGACAAGCAACAUAUUAUAA